UCCCCAUGGUCUAGGCGUCUAGCAAAUGUGGCAACGGCAAAGUUCUUGAGGUCGAUGUCCCUCUCGCGCUCCGCCGUUGCAGAUAAGGAAGACGUUUUAGCAAUUGGCCGUUGCAGAUAACGCAGCUCGAGGGAUGGCGACGGCAUGCUUCAGCGGAAGCGCCGCGUCCACGUCCCUCUCGCGCUCCGCCCUCUGCCUCCGCCGGCUUCCCCUCGCAUGUCGCUUCCCCUCUUUUCCCCCCUUCCUGCUCCGACCUUUCUCUCCCAUUCGAGCGGCGUUAAGAAGCACCGGGCUCGCUGGCUCCCGCCGCUGCGCCGAUAAAAAUCCCGAAUCAAGAGCUAGAAAGUCGAUCUUCCCGGAGGAAGAUUUCGUGGUUGCCAAUUUCUAUAAGUUCGUCACCAUCGAAGAUCCCGAGGCCGUGGUUGCUAAGCACCUCGAUUUCCUCCAGGAAUGGGAUAUUCACGGUCGCAUUUACAUCAAUGAGCAAGGAAUUAAUGCGCAGUAUAGUGGUCCAAAUGGAGAUGUUCUGGCAUACACAGAUUGGGUGAAGAAAGAUCAUAGAUUUUCUAAUCUAUUGGUCCAAGUUUCACCAGCUUGUGAUGGCCAUGCUUUCCCUCGAUUGAAAUUGCGAUACAAACCAUCACUUGUACAGAUGGAAGGUGGCACUGCCCAUCUUCCUCUAGUAGAUGAUGCUAUGAGAGCUCACCCAUUGACUCCAUCUGAGUGGAGGGAAAGACUGCAAGCUAUGGAUGACUUUGGCAUAUCAACAAGCAAAGCGGAUAGCCAGGGAUCUGUUAGGAAACACCUACUUCUGGAUGUGAGAAAUGGCUAUGAGUGGGAUAUUGGUCAUUUCCAAGGAGCACAAAGACCUAAUGUCGACUGUUUUAGAAGCACAUCUUUUGGACUCUCAAAUGUAGAGGUGGCCUCCUCUGAUCCUUUAGCUAAAAUCGACAAGGAAAACACUGAUAUACUGAUGUAUUGUACCGGUGGCAUAAGAUGUGAUGUGUAUUCCACAAUUCUUAGACAGAAGGGUUUUCAAAAUUUAUACACUUUAAGUGGUGGAGUCUCAAAUUAUUUGAAUAGUGAAGGUUCAGCUGGAUGGAUGGGUAACCUUUUUGUUUUUGAUGCACGCCUGUCCUUACCUCCUUCCAUCUACAAGCCAGGGGCCAAUGACAGUGCCUUUGCAAAACCUGAACUGGUGCAUGGAAAUAGUGCAUUUGCCAGGUGUUAUGUAUGUGGAUCAAAGUUGCUGGAAUAUCGACACCGCAACUGUGCAAACCUCGACUGCAACCGGCUCUUUUUGUCAUGUAGUAUUUGUGUGUCACAACUUAGCGGGUGUUGUUGUUUAGACUGCACAUGUUCCCCUCGACUUAGACCUGUACUUCCUGGCCAUCAGAGAUACCAGAAGUGGCACAUGUAUCGCGGCUGUGAGUAGCAAAGGAAGAUACAAGUAUCUGUUUUUCAUUUCACCGAACAGUUUCAAGCCUACUUUCUUUCACUAGAGCAGUACCAAUUGUUACAAAGGUUUGACAAAGUUAUCAUAGCUGUUUCACGCAUCAAAACUUUGAAUAUGCAACCGAUAAUGUUUCUGAUGCUAUUUUGGAAGUUUUAACUACCAUGACCAUUAUUCGUUCCACUGGUUAAUGUUCUACCCAGUUGUAGUAAGCCAUUGCACUAGGACUGAUAACUUAAUGUUUGUUUCUCAGAAACAGUUGCAUCAAGGCUCUCGACCAUUUUCAAAAGAGUAGGUGAUGGAUGCUGGGGUUUGGCGGAAGGAAGAAAGGCAACAAAGAUUGUAAGGUGCUAAGUUCAUUAGGUAGAGCUCAAUGGAUACGGUCUCUUUUGUAUUUCUUAAUUAUCUCUCAGAAUCUGUGUGUUAUGGAAGAUCUGUUGUACAAAUAAUGGUCUUCAAAUCAGCUGCUUUGUCAAUGGUUCAAUUGUUGACCAGUAUUCAUUGGUAUGAUUAUAAUACAUCACUGUGUUGUCCA